UACAGUUCAUUGACAUUUGCUGUCCUAGCUCGUACUCUGCGUUGGGAUUUUCCUUGUUUUAUCUCAAAAAAUGGCGCGUCGAUUGGCUGCGGCAUUCUGUGCGGUCGUACUUGCCGGUUCUGCGUUCUCUUUUGAAUCGGCGGAAGGCCUCCCAAAAAGCAUUGUGGAUAUCAUCAAGACUAACCCCAAGCUGUCGGCUGCGCGCGAAUGGGCCGAAGAAUCUGGAAUUCUGCAGAAAGUAGACCUCUCACAUUACGGUGACAAAGUGACCAUUGUGCUUCCCUCAAACAGAGCCUUCAAAGAGCUACAGGCAAACCAUCCCACCUGGAAAGCCCAGCUCGUUAGCAACAGCGAGGACGUCGAGACUCUGAUUCUCUUCGCUUCCACGGAUCACAGCGUGACACCAGAGGAAAUCAAGGCGGGAAAAUACGAGGAUACCGAUUCACUUGUCUCCAUCCUCUCUGAGUAUUCUUCAAUCUCUCGUAGUGGUCGGCUGUGUGUUUCCGACUACACCCGUGCCCUUCCCUGCGACGACCCCGACAGUCUGCCGUGCUGCGCAAAAGUCGACCUUCGAAAUGUAUUGGAAGCGGAAGAUGGCUAUAUUUACCUUAUUGAUCAAGUCCUGCUUCCUCAGGAACUCAUUGACAAGCUCGAGGACUAAUGAAGCUCUGCCACUUUCUGCGUUACAUUAAACACUGACAAGACUGGGCGUGUUAUUUCGUGUCGAUCUUCCCUUUGUUGUGUAGGUCCAACGAACUGUGCGUAACGCUGCUUCAUAUGCGUGCAGACGUACUGUUCUCGUUCAUGUUGCCGUGGUCUGAGCAGGAAGCUCAGGGUAUCAACCCAUCAUGCGAACCGCAUUUUAAAAAGGUUA